UUGAUUUCUAAAUGCGGUCAACAAUAAAAAAAUCACUUAGAAUUUAUUAUCAAAAACUAUUGAUCCUUAACCUACUGUCAACUUUAACUAAUUCAUUUUAAGACAUUUCAAUACAUUAGCAGUAGCAAUACACGGACCGACAUUUUACAAGGUGUAUAUAAUAAUGACCGAAAAUGACCAAACGCCCUUACUACCGACGUCACGCCUAAUAUGGAAUCCAAUUCCUUAUCUAAAGAAAUUAAGAGAUCCUCAUGGAUAUUUUACCUUUCAGCAUUUACAGCGGAUUUGCUGCUCUUAAGCGUAGGAUGCUUGAUGGUUUUGCCAUCGGCUGUAUUAGAGAAAAUACAAUCAAAUGACACAGACAUAAACCCAUUUGGAGAACCAGUUAAACCCAUUGAAGUGUCUAUAAUGAUGGGGUCAUCAGGAGUAUCUUCAAUAUUAAGUUUUCUAAUAAUGGCAAAAAUAUCAGACAAAAUUGGUAGAAAAUGGAGUAUGGUAGGCCUGGGUAUAUCAUAUGCUGGGUGUUUUAUAGCUUUAGCCUUUGGAAAAAACAUGUAUGUUUAUAUCAUAGCUUAUUUCGUUAGCGGCUUUGUUUCAGCUGGUAUUUUAAUAAAUGUUUCAAUAUAUAACAGCGAAAUUUCCGACGAAGGCAAUAGAGCUUGGAUUGGCUGUAUAGUAGGUAUGUCGGUACCAACAGGAAACAUUUAUGGCUAUAUAUUUAAUGCAAUUUUCGAUAAUGUAACGAUGUUUUCUUUAAUAUGCGCAUUGCCCUGUGUUCUACAUGUAUUGUUAUCCUAUUUUCUUAUCGAAUCCCCCACAUAUUUAACCUCCAAAAGACGAAAAGUAGAAGCUUUGGACGCUUUAAGUAAAUUAAGAAGAUAUCAAGAUUACAGUGAUAUUGAAAAGGAAUAUAAGUCAAUAGAAGAUUUUAGCUUUACCGGUCACGACAACAAGAAAGUGUCAAUAUUUAGUAUAUUUAAACGGCGUAUUUCAAGGAAAGCUGUACUAAUUGGAAUAUUAAUAUUUGCAGCACAACAAUUUUCUGGAUCUCCAAUUAUUUUAGCAUACUUAGUCCCUAUUUUUAAUGAAGCAAAAACGGUGUUGUCUGGAAACACGGUCAGUAUUAUAUACGGAUCAUUACAAUUUGGUGUGUGUCUAGUAGCUACUUUUACUGUAAACCGGUUUGGAAGAAGACCUUUAAUCUUAAUCUCGACACUGGGAUGUGCCUUUUCAAUGAUAUUUUUGGCUGCUUAUUUUUAUAUAAAAGAUUAUAAGGUCACAUCUAUAGAACAUAUACGUUGGUUGCCCAUUGUAUGUAUCGUUUUCUUUGUCUUAUCAUAUGGUUUUGGUUUGGGCCCAAUUCCCAACGUUUUCAUAGGAGAAUUAUUUCGUAACGAACAAAGAGCAAUGGGAGUGGCCAUUAUUACUAUUAUUUUCUCUUUAGUGUCGGCUGGUAAUAAUUUUACUUAUCCUGUGUUUAAAGAUUUUGCUGGAGAAUACCUAAGCUUGGCACUAUAUGGAAUAAUAACGUUCAUAUCAUUAUUUUUAUUAUUUAAGUAUUUACCGGAAACGCGGGGAAAAUCUUUUGUAGAAAUUCAAGAGAUUCUUAGUAAAUAAGUUUUAUUUGUGAUGUAAUUUUUUAUCCUUUUAUAUAAAAUAGUUAUUUAUAGAGAAUAUAAUAUUAGGUAUAUUUGAAUAAAAUAUAAUUUUUUAAGA